UUUUUUGAGGGACAGUGUGUAUGUCUGUGAGGAAAAGAUUGUGUCUGUGUGUGAGGGAAACAGUGAGCAGGGAGCCUUUAUAUGUGUAUGUGUGUAAGGGAGACAUUGACUUGGCGAGGGAAAACAGAAGUCGUUUGGUAUUUCUGUCUGCAUUUCAGGCUGAUAUUACCAGACAGGGAGUGUGUGUACACAUGUGCAUUUGUGUUGUUUUGUAAUUUAGUCAAAAUGGAGGCAAAGCAGCUGUGACAAACCACAGCAAUUUGCAUGGUUAUAUUUCAAACGGGCCACACUCGGCUGAAGCAGAGCAUCGUUGGUAUUGUUGUUGCAUCCCUGGUCUCCUCCUUCCGUCCUCCCUUCCUCCUUCAUUCCCCUCCCUUCACUCAUCCAUCCAUCCGUCCACCUUCUUUCCUCUCCACACACUCACACGACUUUCGAAUCGCCUCCUCCGGCACGAUGACCAACGAUUCCCCGGAGGAGGAGACCCGAGCUCCGGGCAGCGGCAGAGGUGGUGUUGGUGGAGGUAAAGGGAUGACACGAAGGAACCGAGCGGACGACAAUGUCACCAUCCUGACAUCCUCCAUGGAUUUACACAGAGUCGGCCGAAGCCGAGCCAGCAGCAGCACCGAUCCCGCCCCGAGCAUCACGUCGUCGGUGGAUCUGAGCAACUCCCUGGAGCUGAGCAUUCAGACGCGGAUCUUUAAGAUCAUCGUCAUCGGGGACUCCAACGUGGGGAAGACCUGCCUCACCUUCCGCUUCACCGGGGGGAGCUUCCCCGACAAGACCGAGGCCACUAUCGGCGUGGAUUUCAGGGAGAAGGCAGUGGAGAUUGAGGGGGAGACUAUCAAGGUGCAGGUAUGGGACACCGCAGGCCAGGAGCGCUUUCGUAAAUCCAUGGUGGAACACUACUACCGCAAUGUCCACGCAGUGGUCUUUGUGUACGAUGUCACCAAAAUGGCUUCCUUCCGCAACCUACAAACAUGGAUAGAGGAGUGUAAUGGCCAUCGGGUCUCAGCAUCUGUACCUCGAGUCCUGGUGGGAAACAAGUGUGACCUCGUGGACCAAAUACAGGUACCCUCCAACACAGCAUUGAAGUUUGCCGACUCCCACAACAUGUUGCUGUUCGAGACCUCGGCCAAGGACCCGAGGGAGAGUCAGAACGUCGACUCCAUCUUCAUGGCGCUGGCCUGCCGGCUCAAGGCCCAAAAAUCCCUGCUCUACAGAGACGUGGAGAGAGAGGAUGGGAGAGUCCGACUCACACAACAGACUGAAACAAAGAGUAAUUGUCCUUGUUGAGGAAAAAGAGGAGUGGGAGGCAUAAUGGAAGGGGAAGAUAGAAAGAGUAACUGUACAUGUGAAUGGAGAGGGGAUGAUGGGGAAGAUGGGGAGAGGGAGGCUAAAACAAGAGUCUUUCAAAUGAAAUGUAACUUUUCUGGUUAGAAGGAGGUUUGGAUUGUUGACACCAAGAGCAAUGUGUUUCAAGGAAGAGGCAGACAGGUGGAAAGUGGCAACGCUCAUGUAUAUUAAGGAUGACGAUGGUGAGGAUUGAUUAACAAUUCAGAAGACGAAGUUGCCUUUUAGACUACAGCGUAGUUUAGACAUUCUUCCAUUCUUCCUUCAAAUAUAGACAGAAACUGAAUAAAUAUACUUUCAGCACGCAAAGUGCAGAGGCAAACACAACACAAGGGAUGAGUCAUUAGGGGAUCUACAACAAAUAGUGUUGAGACAAGGCUGUUGUUUCCUAAACCAGCCCUGGUUUGGUCAUUACCAACAGCAACAUAUUAAAACACAGUCUUAUUUUUGCUGCACUUAUUUGUAUUGAUAUUUAUCCACAUUGUAGCUGAAAGCAGAAUGUCCCCGCUGUUUUCUACUGCCUUAAAAAUCUGCCUUUGUCAUUUUAAGAAGCAAGCAAAAGUAGCAUAGAGGAUUCAUGUAUUUCAACCACUUGAGAUGAUCUUGGUGUAUACAACACUAUGACAGCCUCUCAUGUGGAAAUAUCAACAAUUUCAGAGGAUAAAUGACACUGAUUUUUCCUCCCAUAAUGUUAGUGUAUCUAGGUCAAUCAUUCAAAGUUGACCUAAAAUCACUGUGAGAACACAAACACAUGGCAAAAAGGGUAAAACAGAAACUUAAUUUGGAUAAAUUAUGGGGCGAGAAAAGUCCAAGUGAGCUCAAAGUACCGGAAGACCUUGACAACAAGGUUUUUGGAUCAGCUAGAGGUUGCCAGGCAGCUUGUCACAUAUUGGUUUAUAGGUUUUAAGGUCCUCUUACCCGUAAGCAGGAGAAAUGCACUCUACUACAAAGAAGGGCCCUCAAGGUGAGGCUCUUUUUCUCUUCUAAUCCUGAUGUAAACAUAUUCCCGCUCUAUGCUAACCCACUGGCACUGUGGCUUAUCAAGCUUUCACUUUGUGUGCAAAAUACACUGAGUGUUUGCCGUGUGUUACAUCGAGAUAGCCAGUCAGCAAUUCCAUAUUCUUUGAUGAACAACGUAUGUUUAAAUAAAGGCCUUUCUGUCCGUUUUAGAUGGACCACAUCAAUAUCACUGCCUACAGUCUCAGAGAGGACAGGGACAAUGACAGAUCCCUGUAAACAUAGUGUGUUUAGUUAUACUUCUACACUUCCUGAAUCUGGAUGUACGGUACGAGCAGACUUUGAAUCGUGUUGUCUGUAUAAGGGAUUAAUUCCAGGAGUAUCUGAGUCAUGGAUGAUACAGGCCGCAUGAAACACUGCACAAAGCCAUAUUUAUUAUUUAUUCUACGGUACUGUUUAGUAAAGCAACACACUCAUCAUAUCUAAUCCUGCUUUAACACUGUAGCCUACUUUUGCAAUCCUAUUAAUAUAUGUGGAUGCCAUACGUUAACAAUUCAGAUCAGUGAGCAUUUCCGAGAGGGUUUUCCUAAUUAUUAUAUCCGAUUGAGUUAUUAAACACUGUGCACAUCGAGGUAAAAUCCUUCUAGGUAUUGUUUGAGCUGUGUACAUUUUUUUGCCUUUUUAAUAGUACAGAUAAACAUAAAAGGGGAAGAAAGGAGGGACGACAUUGAUGCAUCAAAGAGCCGUUGGUCAGAUUUAAUCCUGGGCAGCUAUUAGACUCAAAUUUAGUACAUGGAGCUCCAUUGGGGGAGCUACUCUCGCACCCCAGCUGUAUCAGGUUGUCGAUUGUUUUUUGUUUGUUUUUUUGUCAGAAAUGUUGCAGUUUCAAACAUGUUUGAUUGCUAUUAAAGAUGAAUAAAUUGAUAUA